AUGAUCCAAGCCUUCAUGGGGGGUCGAAAGCGGGUCAUCCCUCAUGUCGAGGGCAACUGGCCAACUCAUGUCUACCUUGAAUUGUACCCAUCGACGCAGGAGCUGAUUCUUCUUGGACAACUGCUCCCCCAGCGCUCGUCUUCACAGUCGGGAAUUCAAAGUCUCCUACACAGUGACCUAGGCGCGCAGCUGCCACUCCAUAUUAGCCUAUCCCGGCCAGUUGUUCUUCGCACCGAACAGCGCAGCUCUUUUGAAAGAUUCCUACAGACGGAAAUUGACAGCUCUCGGAUAACGCCAUUUGCAUUGAAACCUAAUGGCCUGAAGUGGGUGUCCAACUAUGAGCGGACACGCUGGUUUCUUGUACUUCAUAUGUCUAAACCAGAACAUGACAGCUUGAAUGGUCUAUUACGUCUUUCGAAUCGUGCCCUGGCUCGAUUCGACCAGCCCCUCUCUAUGCAUCCCAUGGUACUCCACAUAAUCACGACUUCUCCGACUGUUUUCACAUAUCACUUGCGUGGGCACUGA